UGGAUAAUUACGUUGAUUGUCUUCGCAAAUGAGGCCUGACGCUAUCAAAAUAUUGACUGGUAAUAGCCAUCCAGAUCUAGCUAAAGCAGUUGCUGAAAGACUUGGUCUAAAUCUAUCACCAUGCGUGGUUAAUAAAUUCUCGAAUCAAGAGAUAAAUGUACGCAUUGGUGAAAGCGUUAGAGAAGAAGAUGUUUUCAUCAUUCAAUCCGGAUGCGGGGAUAUAAACGAUAGCUUAAUGGAGUUAUUGAUUUUAGCCAACGCAUGUAAGACUGCAUCAGCUAGACGUAUAACGGCUGUAAUUCCAAAUUAUCCAUACGCUAGACAAGAUAGGAAGGACAAGUCUAGAGCACCAAUUACAGCUAAAUUAAUUGCAAAUAUGCUCACAACUGCUGGUUGUGAUCAUGUUAUCACGUUAGAUCUCCAUGCAUCACAAAUUCAAGGAUUCUUUGAUAUUCCAGUUGAUAACUUAUAUACUGAGCCAAUAAUGAUAAAUUACGUCAAAUCUUCGAUUCCAGAUUGGGAAGAUGCUGUUGUUUUCUCCCCAGAUGCAGGUGGUGCAAAGAGAGCUACAGCAUUGGCAGACAGAUUAAAUGUCAACUUUGGAUUAAUACACAGAUCGAGAGUCCGUAAUGGAGAUAACAAAGAGGAAGAUCAUAUGGAUGUUGUUGUUGGAAACGUAGAAGGAAAGGUAGCAAUAUUGAUCGAUGAUAUGGUAGUUUCAGCACAAACAUUGAAGUUAGCUUCAACGGAACUAGCAAAGAAAGGAGCAACUGCGGUAUACGCUAUUGUCUCACAUGGAUUAAUGUCAAAAUCCGCUAUGGAGAUAAUUCCGAAAUUACCGAUAAAGAAAAUCGCAGUCACCAACACUAUUCCUCAAGUUGAGAAUAAACAAAAGUUGGGUGAGAAAUUGGAUGUAAUGGAUGUUAGUGCGACUAUAGGGGAAGCUAUUAGGAGACAGCACAACGGCGAGUCCAUCAGUUUGUUGUUUGGAGAUGUAAAAUUGUAGAUUUUUUUUUUCUUGAAUUGUAUGACGUUGUGGAGAGUCUAUAAUUAG